GCCGCCAGGCUGCAGCCCACCCCGGCUCCGCACCGGCCUCCUCCCCUGCACGGGCAGCUCUACCCCGGCCCCAAAACAACCCUCACCCACCCCCACCGCCGUAACGCCACCGCUGACCGGCAGUCACCCCCAGCGCCGCAGCCUGCCCCCGCACUGCGCGGCUUCCCGGUCAGGGCGGGGCCGGGGCUGCCUGCCCCUUCCCGGCGUGCCCGUAGGGAGCGCAACGCGCAGGCGCCGGAGCGGAGCUGAGCCGAGAGGAUCGCGACGGGCGACCGCGGCCUGCGGUGGUCCCCAGCCACCGCCGCUGGGCGCCAUGUGGGUGGCGCUGGCCCUGCUGGUGCUCGAGGCGCUGCUAGUGCCUCGCCGGAGCGCGGCCUCCCGCGGCGAGCAGCCGCCCGCAGUGCCUUCACCAAUGCAGACUGUAGUAACAUCAGAAAAUUUCAAAACUGUCUUGCAUUGGCAAUAUCCAUCUACGUCUGAAACUCCUCAUUUUAUUGUGGAAAUCAAACCUUACAAUCCAGGUCGCUAUGAGAUUGUCUCAACGUGUGCGAACAUCUCGGCUCAUUCUUGUGAUCUCUCAAGGGAAAUAGAUAAGCCCCUUGAAUCUCACUGGUUUCGAGUUAAAGCUGUUGUUGGGUCACAACAGUCUGAGUACGUUGAGACAGAUGAGUUUAUUUUGCGAAAGCAUGGAAAAAUAGGACCACCAAAACUGAGUCUCUCAAGGGAUGUUAAUAAAAUUGUAGUUAAUAUUUACCAUCCUGCAUUCCCAUCUGUGGAACGUCUUCCUUGGAUCAAAGAGAUUUAUUCAGACCUCACAUACUCGGUGACAUUUCGGGAUAGUGAAAAUAAGAGUAAACAAGAGUUCCAUGAAGUCACCUGUACCAUAGAUAAAUGUAACCUCAACAUCUCAGUUCCUACUGAAGGUUCCACUUACUGUGUUUCAGCGAAGGGAACUUUAGAAGACUAUGUGAUGUUUGGUGCCCCAUCAGAAGAAACCUGUAUUCAUGUUCCUCUCAAGCAGACACUGAGCACAAUAGACACCUUCAUUCUCUGUGGUGUUAUUCUGGGCGUGAGUCUAAUUUUGAUUGUGAGUCUAAUUUAUGUCUGCAAGAACCUGAGGAAGAACAACAUAAAGCUGCCAAAGUCUUUGGUCACUGUGAUAAGAAACCUGAACACAGACACCAUUGUCGACUCAAGAUCUGAGGCAAGAUACACAUCUGUAAUAAGCUUCAUGUCUGGCCAGUCAGCGUUGCCACUGAAUGGUGAAGUAACCUCGCUGGAGGUGGAGCCAGAAGAUGAAACUGUUAGUCCUGACAGUUCCCGUGAAGGAGCAUCUUCUGUUCCUCCCCCAGAGUCACCAGCCAAAACAGAAGAGGUGUUUGUGCAGGAAGGCACAGAGGAGAUACCUACUGAUGAUGAACAUAACCACCAAGUAAAGGAGACUUAUGUCAUAUCUGACAGUGGCCAAAUGGAUACAUUCAGUAACUCUUCAGGUGCAGAUGUUUCUGCCACAGAAAUAUGCCAAACAGUAAUUCCAAGCAGCUGUCCCAAGUUUUCUGGCUAUGACAAGCCUCAUGUGCCAUUAGAUAUGUUGGUAGAUGUUGGUGAAGAACAGCCUGUGAAAGGUUACAGGCUGACUGACUAACCAGGAUAGCUGAAGCGUUUAACCAGGACUCAGGAAGAACUGUAUUACUGAAGAUAAUGUAAAGUCUUCAUUAUAUCAUGAACAUGUACAAGGUGUGUUUGUUCUGAGCCUAUCAAAGUAACAACAUCAUGCAGAGGGAUUAAAUAGGACUGAAAGUAGCACCUGAAAAGACCAUAAAGAGUGGAAGGAAGUUUCAUGAUCAGUUUAGUGAUUUAUGUGAUAUACACAAACACUUAUAUUUCCUGUUUGAAAGGGAAUUUGUUUGUUUGUUUUUAACAGUACUCUGUGGAGAACAAACUUCAUGGAGAUAUAAAAAACACCAGCUGUAUCAUUUUUUUCCUUGGUAACAUAAGUCUUAUGACUAAAAAGCUCUUUUUUAAAAUGCUGCUAUUUGUGUAUAGCUGCAUCCAUUUGGAUCACUUAGAUAUGUUGUGUAGAGAUGUCACAUUCUGGUUAAUUCUUGUAUUAGCAUGCUGGCUCUUUGUCAUUGGAAAAGAAAGAAAAAUCUAACAGGUGAUUGCACAAAUUCUUUAGAAAAUGUUUUCAAAAUUCAAAAGGCUGCUUUUCCCCAGAACAUUUUUAUCCUAAUUUUUAAAACAGUAUGAUUUUUUUUUUAAUAGAAAUCAGCAAUACUUCUUCCAAACACGUUUUCCAGCAGGUUGAAAGUAAGUGCCAUUUUCCCCUCUUUUUAUUAUGUAAUUCAGAAACUACACCGAAUUACCUUGCUCUCAAAAGAUAUCCCAGGGCAAUGGAAAGGUGGUGUCAUAAGUUGUGGUUUGUAAGUUGUCAUCUUGCAACCCUCUGAAUUUUGUAGCAUGAGGUUAUAGUUUUGAAAACUGAAGGAUCAGCAUUUUAUUUUUUUAUAUUUAAAAACUUUUGAAUCUAAUGCCUGCCAUCCAGUUAUUUCCCUGCAGUCAAGAAUUGGUGGGUAUUUUCUGUUUGUCAGGAAAGUUUACAAUAGCUCUUAAUGAAGCUUAGUUCAGAAAGAAGUUGUUGUUUUACAGACACAAGGUGUUGCUUUUAUACAAAGCUGUCUUUAUUUUAAAAUACUUUUUUUUUUUUGUAGGAUUAUCAGAAAUGUUUGCAUGUUAUAGCUGGUGAUUUUAAAGGAAAACCAGUAUCCUAGUACUUCGGUCCUUCCGUUUCUCAGUGUUAUGAGUAUUCCUGAGAUAAAGUUAGUUUAUACAGCAAUUUCUGGACUGCUUCCGUUCCUGCAGAUAUCAGACAUGAACCUACAGUAGCACAUACACAUUCCAAAAGAUUGAAAUACAAUAGCUAUUUUUCCUUUCUCUACUCACACAAAAAUAACAGAUCUGUUAGCAGGGUUUUGAUAAUUUUAGGAAAAGCCAAAUUUUAUAGUUAUGGCGUAAUGGAAAGCCCAACUAGAAAGACUUCAGUAUCUGUUAGCUGGCUUAGAUUUGUUUCUGCAUUACAUUCAAAUGUAGUGAGACUCUCUAUUAACUUGUAUAAUGGCAUGUUCUGGGUUGCAUUCCUGGAAGGCAUUGUUUGAAACUUACUGCUCAGCAUCUGCUAGUGUGUCGAUAUCUCCAUUGCAGGAAAUAACUCUUAGUGUUAGAAGAAGGCUUUAGAAAUCAGAAUUAACUUGUACUUGAAAUUUCAACUAAACUGACUGUUCAGUUAAUAGUAUGGUGCUAGGAUAAAUGUAAAGACAAAGAUGUUAAGAUGGAUCAGCAAUGACACAGAAAUACACAGAAAAAAAAUGGCAUGGCAGGUGGUUACCUAUCAUGGAAAAACACUGUUCUGUAAGCUGAAAAUCAGGCACAGCAGUGCCUUGUGCCAUACAACAUGCAUAAUACAUAUAUACGUACAACUGACCUCUUCCUGUUUACUAUUACAAGGUUAAAUGUAUUUUGUUUAAUUAAAUUUUCUGAAUUGUAAUUGUAAAAGCCACUGAAGUAGCACCCUCCUUGUAGGUUAUGUCUUCUGUACGCUGUGUAACCAAUAAGUAGCCAAUAGCACAGGGACAGUUUAGAUGUUUAAAUUGCUCAGGCCAGCUUGCAGAUUUUAUAAUUGCGAAAUAAAUACGUUUAAGGGUGCGCAAAGCACCAGAUUCUUGUAUUAGCUGUGACCAGCUGAAAAUUGACACAAGAAUGUGUUCCCUGGGUCAAUAAGCCCUAUUUCCCCUAGUCGUCUUUCCUGCAGUUGUUAGUAGUGAUACUAAGAGAGAGCCUAAAACCAGCGCAAGUGCAUGAUGGUAUUUCUGCAAGAAUACAGUCGAGCAGCCUGCAGUGUUAGGACUUCUUGGGACAGGGAACACAGACAUGCCUACCCAGCUACAGCUGGUUAGAUUUGCUUUUGCUGUUCUGUAAUACCAAAUACCUGAGAUGUGGUUUGAAAGCUGUCAGGUAGUAUUUGUCUCUGCAUUUUCACUUAACUAGUAAGUGAGUUUAAAUAAAUUAAUAUUCUUGUGAUGAAGAAGUAGUUUGCUUAAAUUCUGGAUAUUCACGCAUGACAACUUGGCAUGAGCUGUCAGUGGCUAACACUUACAGGUUCAAAAUUAUUUUGUAUUCAUGCCUUAUACAGAUAUAUCAGCUAUCCCGUAUAACACGAGAUGUUUCGGUUGAUUUUUGCUCGUCAUGGCUGCUCAGCAUUCUUCCUGUCUGCUAAAGAUAAUGGAAUCUAAUCUAAGACUCCAAAACAUUAUAUCCUCUGUUAGAGACAUCACACACAGCACAUCGACCUAAUACCUGACAAUAUUUCUUUAGUUCUCAUUUUUGCAUGGUCAUUGUAACUUUUUGUCUUCAGACAUACAACUAAGAAUGAAGCACUGUGGUAGUACUGCGUGCUGCCACAGAAGCAUUGAGUGUUCUGCUUUUGUGCUUUUUCCACAUAAAUCGAUAAUGCAGUUAAAAAAAAAAAAAUCAUUCUUGUUGAAGCUACUGACAUCUAUGAAAUCAGGAUGUCCUGUAGUGUCCCAGUUGCUUAGAACAAACAUGCAUAUUUGUAUGUAGUCCUUCACUAGGUAAGGUUGCAGGAAGGGGAACUUGCAUGAGAAGAGCUGUUUUUCUCAAGGCUAGAAAUCACCAGCUACUCUGAAGUGGUGUCAUGUAAACAGUUUAGUAUUAGUAAAUAAGCCAUUGUACUUUGUUCAAAUUAAUAGUUUCAGCAUGUCUUAAACAAACAAGUCAAGCACAAAGGACCUUUCCUCUUAUAAGUGACCUGCACAUAUAUUUUUUGAAUGUUUUUUUAAAAACUCAGUCCUUUAAUUAUGGAGCCAAUUUUUAUUAAUAUGCUUUCAAUAUUCUCUAAAUCAAUGCAAUCGUUGGGCUAGGUGGGAACUGGAGGGGUCCACAGUUCAUUCUUCUCCCCAGAACUUCCUACUAUGCAUUUGUCUAAAAACUCCAUGACCCCAUUCUAGGAGUUUUUAUGCCUAAAAAGUGUUUUCUAGUGUUUAAUGGAAGUCUUUCUGACUUCAGAAAUUAAAUGAUCCAUAAUGGAACUGCUGAAACAUACUUUAGUUCUUGUGUGAAAUCUGUAACUAAACUACUUGUAAAUACUGUAAAUACUGUAAAUACGUAUAGUGUGCAUGUAAUUAAACAUAGCCAAUUACAGUAUUCUGCUUUCUCUCUCUCUCUCUCCCUCUCUCACCCCAGUAGCUGAUUGUGGAGAGGGAUGAGGGUUGAUGCACAGCAGCUCUUUGUGACACAUUGAUUCUCACUACACCAUUGGCUUUGCAAUUUCUUUUCUGUCCUCUGACGCUAUUGAUGCAGCCUCAGAUAAUGUCAGUCCCAUUCUGUUGCUUGAGCCUGGGGACUCUCCUUAUGUUGUAUUCAAAAGCUAUGGACAAGGAUUAAAUGGUCACACCAUUCCAAUGGAUUUAUUACUACAGAGCAAGGAAAGCUGGGCUUCCUUGAAACUUACUGGUCACUGUAUUUGAAGUUUAAGUGAUCAUAAAAGUCUUAUUUACCUGGUGUUUACUUCUUAAUAGUGAGCAUGUGCAUUCUUAUGUUCAUCCUGGAAAUGAGCCAUUUGUCUUUGAGCAUCAUGAUAAUUUACCCAAAAGAAUGUAGCCUACUGUUAGAAGAAUUUUGGUUUCACUUGUCUGUCAAAUCUAGAAUGUGCAAUUUAAAAAUGUUUUCUACUCCUCAUCAGCAUGUUUAGUCCUUCCAAGUAACUUCUUAAGAUUAUGACUAGUGCUAUUUCUGGACUGAAUCCAGUAAGAACAGUCAUACCUUAGGAAUUCAGACUCUCUUACAAGUGGCUGUGCAGAUUAGAACCAUAGAAUGAUAGAACAGUUGGGGUUGGAAGGGAUCUUCAAAGGUCAUCUAGCCCAACCGCUGUAAUGAUCACGGACAUCUUCAACUAGAUCAGGUUGCUGAGAGCCCCAUCCAGCCUGGCCUGAAAUGUCUCCGGGCAGCGGGGCGGGGGCAGGGGGGGGCCACAUCUACCACUUCUCUGGGCAACCUGUUCCAGAUUGAGCGGAGUCAGAACACAUGGAAAAACUUGAAUUUAUGGUAUGUCUGCAUUAAUUGCUACAUUUAUAUUUGUAACAUAGAUUCUGUGAGUUUUAGUAAUGGAUUGGUGUUUUUAUUAACCCAUUAUGAAUUAUAGUCAAAACAGUUUUGUUUCCUGAGGUUCUGGGGUUUUUUAUCUCAUCAGAACACCGUUCUCACCCUGAUGUAACUUGCCCAUUUGUAUAAUUGGACAAUGACAGGAUAGCUGAUCAGACUGAAAAUUAACUUUGCACUUAUGUGGGGGCAAAGAAAUUUUAUUUUCUACUGUCCAGCCACAGCUUAAAAGAGGAAAUGCAUUACACACAGAAAACAACGAGCAGACGAGCCAGACGGUUCUGCCAGCCAACUUGCUCAGUGUUCUGCAAAGAUAAUCCUGCAGCUGUCAAAUACUUGCAACGUGUACAGCAGAGCAGUAAGCACCAGUGUCAUGUCUGAUCUGGUUUAUUCCACUACUGACAUCUCUUGGGUACCACAGACUCUGAAAGGUUGCUUGAACAAAUUCUGCCCCUUCAAAAAUACCCUUCCACAAAGAGUAUAUAGAAUCCUUUCAGUUUGAAAAUACAGAGUGAAAAUAAUAAAAAUCUAACACACCAGA